AUGUCAGCUUUCCCCCCUAAAUACGGUCGAGAAUUUCCAAAGGCGGAAUCCAGCUCGUCCCGAGCAACUCGGAAUACUCUCUAUGGAAGCACAGCGUAUCAGAGGGAAAAGGCGAGAGCAGUGACGUAUGGCACCGGUCCGUCGAGUCAAAUUAGCCAGCACAACAAGGGAAAGACAGAAUUUAUCCGCGAAGGGGAGGAUCCGAAAGAUGUAACGUGGGAAGAACGGAUAGCUCGAGCAUACGAAUCAAAGCUGUUCAAGGAGUUCGCCCUGAUAGACCUCAAACAUUACAAGACGAAACGGAUAGCGCUUCGAUGGCGUACCGCUGAGGAGGUCGUCGGUGCGAUCGGCGAAGAGACUUGCGGGUCGCUUCGUUGCCCCUAUCACAAUCCACUCCCAGAACAUCUGGUGGAAGAAGGUGCAAGGAUGCCGCAAUUACAGGCUUUUGAAUUGCCUUUCACGUAUGCCGAGGCGGGGGAGACCAAGACGGCAUUAGUCAAGGUCAAAGUCUGUCAUCGAUGUGCCAAAAAGCUACUCUUCAAACCUGGAGAAGAAGAACGUUCCUCCAGGAAUAGGAGUGCUGGCCGGGAGGACAUGCUAAACGAGGCGGCGGCUCCGUCCGGACAAGAUCUCGAUCGCCGACCCGCGAUCGUGACAGGGAUAGACCUAUGUCGACAACAGAGAAAUGGCGCCCAAAACGAGAUCGUUAUGAUCGUCAUUAAAUAG